AUGUCGAACCAUGAUACCUCCCAAACGCCGUACGAUCGACCUGAUGGUGUCACGAUCUACCACGAGUCGACGUCAGUGGUGGCCGUCAUCGAAGGUAUCACCAUUGCCGUUAUCUUUCUCGGAGCGUUGGUCGCCAAUCUGAUUGCGAUGGUGACGAUCCUUCGAGACAAGGUUCUGAGAAAGAACCUCCAUAACUGGCUCAUCCUGAAUCUCAUCAUAAACGACCUUAGCUUUACAGUUAUAAACAUUCCAUUCGUCAUAAUAUCCGUGUUCGACCAUGGCUAUUUUCUCCUUCACAACAAAGCUGUGUGUUUUAUUCACGGGAACGUUAUUUUUGCCUACGGGGUCUUUGCUUCAGUCUUUGCCAUCUCUGUGGAUCGCUACUUGACCGUAGUCUGGUCGGCCCGCUUUCCUCCUUCCAAAUCAAGAACCAUUGUCUUUAUCGUCUUCUGCUGGGUCGCCGCCAUUGGAUCCUCCUUACCACCCUUAGUUGGAGAUGUCUCUGCGAUCAGGUAUAAGAAACAUUCCCACAACUGCUCGCCAGAGUUUCGGGAAGACUGUUUCUAUGGCAUCACCCUUAACGUCAUCAUCUUUCUAGGCAUCGUACCUACGAUGGUUCUAUGCUAUGUUAGUGUGUUCCUGAAAGUGUGGCGUCAACAACGGUUGCUUAGAUCAUACGCCGACGAGAAACCUAGUAUCGCGAGCAACGUAUGUUCCCUUGAAGACACCGACGAUGACGAUGACGACCACGACCACGACCACGACCACGACCGUGUGACCCAUGCUGACAACGACAUGCCAAUGGAUGUCAUUGACCAGUCGAUUGAAGGACCUACCUGCUCGAGUCUUACCCCAGAGCCUAUGGACUACUCCCAGUCUUCAAACAUCGAGGAGCCUGACGCUGAACAUGCUGAAGGAGAAAGCGAGGAAAAUAAGACUAAUCAGCAGGGAAAUGUGAUAACAGGGUUCAAGAAAAAAGAUCGUAGGACCAUGCAGAAGAAACUCAACAUCGAAAGAAGAGUUGCCCUGACUGGAACCCUACUUGUGCUAACCACCUUGGUCUGUUGGUCACCGUACUGUAUCGUUAACUCUUGUCUCCUAUCCAUCAACAUCCCCCAUUGGAUUGGCGUGACCACGGUGUGGAUUUACAUUCCUCGCGAUAAAUUAAACUGUGAGGAAACGGUUGCUGAAGCCAGGUCAGGUAAUGUCGUCAAUGCCGAGUGGUUGGGUUGGUGA